GUGUGUGUGUGUGUGCAAAACACAUCUCUGGAAAAUCGCACUGUAGAUGUGAUUGGCAAACACAUUAUUCUAUCCGAGCGUCCCGGGAUUAUCGUGACGUCACGCCGGUACCCUGCAUGGAUGAAUGCUAAAGAACUAUAGAGGCACAAAAUAAUGGCACAAGCAGAAGUCCAUAUCUUGCAAGUGUUACGUUAUCCUUUAAGCUUUCUUCUGUACUAGCAACAAUAUUUAUUUAUUUGAUUUUUUUGCACUUGAUUAGGAUUUACUCUUUCUUCCCUUAGGGGGAUUAUACAAACAUAUAAAACUAAGGGGCAGGCGUAAACAGACCCAGUUCUUCAUAAGUACAGCUAUCUAUUAUUGAGAGAAAGGCCGAGUGUGGAAAUGCGCCCAAGACGUUGGAUUUGAACCAGAUUUGGCUUUGCGGAGAAGAAUCCUGCUGAUGGUGACCAAAGACGCAGCGAUGUCUUUCUCUCAGUUUGGAUAUCCUUACAAUGCAACUUCUCAGUUUUUCGUGUCGUCAAAGCCCAGUACGACUUGCUGCGAUUCGAUUUCCAGGUCGGUACCGGACGCCUCGAGCGCUCCCCAGGCCGCCGCCUCCUUCUGCUGCCCGCCCGCGUGCGAGAAGCGCCUGGUGUCGGGAGCGCGCGCGGAGCUGAGUGCGGCGCUCGGGGUCUACGGCUCCCCGUACACUCCGGCACACGCUUACGCCAACUACUUCCAGUAUGGAGCGGAUUCCUCUACCAUCUACUCCACACUGAAUCCUCAGUACGAUAUAAAGGAGAGCACUGGAAGCCUUCACGGUGGGAUCAGUCAGCCCAACGCUUACUACCCAUAUGACCACUCACUGGGCCAGUAUCAGUAUGACAGGUAUGGGACGGUCGACUUUAACAGCUCAGCCAGGAGAAAGAACGCCACACGUGAAACAACAAGCACUCUCAAGACAUGGCUUUACGAGCACCGCAAAAACCCGUAUCCAACCAAGGGUGAGAAGAUCAUGCUGGCUAUCAUUACAAAGAUGACUCUCACCCAGGUUUCCACCUGGUUUGCCAAUGCCAGGAGGAGACUGAAAAAGGAGAACAAGAUGACCUGGUCACCCAAGAAUAAGGCUGUUGAUGAGAAAAAAGAGAUCCUGGAGAAGAUGGACCAGGAAUCCAUCACCAAAGACACACAAGAUGGCAAGGAGGAUCGGGACCUACGUCUAAGUGACCUUGACAACAUAGACGAUGAGGACGAGGACUGUGACAAGCUGGACAGUGAUUGUGAGAAACCCAGCCAAGAUAUGGCAUUGCUCUCUCUGCCCUCUCUGCCUAUCGCCAACCCUCUGAAAAGAGACUGCAGCUCUGACCUUCCUUCCCCCUCCAACUUCUCUGCGUUCCCCUGCAAAGUGAAAGGUAUUAUGGCACUUGUUCCUGACUUGGACACUUCAGGUUCCAAACAACAACCACAACAGCUUCCGGCUUUACAUCCUUCACCCAUUGGUUCGAUUUCCUUGCCUAAUUUUCAAGUUCUGGAUCAAAAGCCAAGAAUUUGGUCUCUGGCCAGAACCGCUGCUACUGAAAUGACCCAGCACAGACAGGAAUUACAAACUGAAUGCCAGGCACAAGCUGCUCGGGUGCCAUUGGUGGUAAGCAGUGGGAACUGUGCAGGUUCCAAGGGUCUCCAAAACCCCAUAAACUUGGGGAACUCUGAGAAUUUGUUUGAAGAAAGAGCACCAAGCCUGAAUAAAGUGUACAGUGCAGCAAACUACAGAGGCCUACAACUCCACUGUUCCUCAUACCAGGCUGUGACAGACUGCUACCAGUACUCCAAUAUGGAAGGGUUCUGCAGUGGGGGAAAGUCAGACACAGAGUCUUCUGAGCUCAGUGACAUGUGUCUUACGCUGCAGGAUGCCAAGACAACCGCUUUCAGACCUGUGAUGAAGAGGUGAGGCAGGCUAACCGAAGCGCUGCCCUUGAGCACCGGCAGGUUUCUGUAACUUCAUUUAUUCACUGUGGACCCGAAAUGUGAAAGAUGAAAAUGAAGACGAAAAGAAAAGCGCGUGACCGACCGGACCUCGUCGUGUGCGCGCGACCCAGACAGCCGCUUUGUGAACGCGGAGGUAGCCAGCAUUUUGCACAGUAUGAUUCUUGACGGUGUUCAUGACUUUAUGCAAUGUUUAAAAAAAAUGCAAUUGUUUUUAAAAAAUAAUAAAUAUCAGUGUGUUCUGAUGUCCGCACCGGUAAUCGUAGUUUGGUGAUCUUAUUUAUUACGUGUUGAUAAUUUUUUAUUGUUCUCCCUCUAUUUAUUUCUCACCCUGCGUCUCUCCUGUGUUUUGUUGGUUGUGACUUGUUUCCCUGUUCUCCGUAUUUACUUGUGGUUUUUUUUGUUGUUCUUUUUCUUCUUUUCACGUGAAGCUAUUUGUUAGUUUUUUUAAUUUUUUAUUUAUUUCAUUUGAGAAAUAUAGAAGCCUAUAUACUUAGGGGGUAAAAAUAAUAUUAUUAUUAUUGUCCCAUCAGUAUUUUAUUUCUAAGCAUUUCUAUUUUAUAAGAAUAAUUUCCCCAAAACGUGUGUUUUCUGUGUAAUGAUUUUUUUGCUUACUA